GUCUCGCAGCGUCUCCGGUCGCUGUCAAACGCAGUAACGAGCUGUCAGUGGCAUUGUUGGAGUGUUGUUGUCAAAACAGGAGUGUUUUCAUCUGCACUGUGUGUGUGCUUUUUAUUCUUGCAGUUUAUUAUGCAGAUGAGGACAACGAAGACGACGACGCAAAUAGUAAUGAUUUAAAGGCGUCGAUAUUAUUUGAAAAGAAGGAAGCCAUGGUUUGCAGUGACAAGUUGUUCUUCCACAAGGCCGUCCAGCAUUUGGCAAGAUCUCUGGCCAAAAUCCCUUCGGCACCAUGGGAAAAGCUGGACAAACUGUUCUCGCUUUGUCCGAAGGAUACGGGAAACGGUGUGUACAGGAUCAACAACCGCGAUCAGGAUGCGAUCAUCGCUCUCGGCAUUUACCUGCUGGAGUCGGGGAUGCAGCACAAGGACAAGAUUUUGCCGUACCUGCUGGACGUGGCCAAAGCUUUGGGGAAGGUGGUGUGGCUGGACGAGGUGCGUUUGCACGCGACUGAUCGUAUACCCGUCGCGGAGAAGUUCAGCUUCUGUCUGCACACGUUGUUGAGCGAUGUGUGUUCGAGGAGCGACGACGAUCUGGAGGACAUCAUCGCCGUGCAGGUGGAGUGCCUGCGAAUGCUCACCGAACAGGUCAUCGAAUUGAAGGGACAGAGCAGCCAUUCCAGCUCGACGAAGCUGUAUCUGUGCAGAAGCACGGUGCCCGUCCUGAUUGGUUUGGCGAGGGCUAUCGGGCGGUUCUGUCCGGUGGAUCCGCCUCUAAUCGUACGACUGUACCCGAAGCCGGAGCCGCCGAUGGGUGGGCGGAACGUGCCGAAGAAGGACGACAAACCGGUGUACGAGAGGAGUUUCAGCAGUUUCCGCUCGAUAAUUCCGAGAAGCCUGUCCGGAAAUCUGACGCCAGCGUUGGACGUUUUACCCUUAAUUCCCAACACCGAUACCGUUGACUUUAACAAGAUGAAAGCAGGAAUCCAACACGCUGCUGCAGCUUCCGUCAACUACGACGCAACCACUUACUUCUUCUCCAAGUUCGGCUCCAGCUUCAAUCAGUUUCCCAACAUGAAAUUCCUCUGCGAAUCCCACGAGAAGAGCACACGUCUCUUAUUCAGUUUGGAUCAUCUUCAGAACAUUCUAUCGCUGGCCAAGAAGUUGUUGACCAAAGAAAUGCUGACGUUCCUUGACGAGCAAAGUCUUGAGAUGUACACCUCCGGCAAAAUACUGAUUUUCCCUUAUAAAACUUUUUCGGAAACCAUCAAUUUGGUCAUGGUGACUCUACUGAGGGAACUGUUGCAGCCGCAGAAGGAUCUACCAGUUCUCUUCACCAAGGAGGUGCAGGAAUUUGUCAAAGGACUAUUUUUGAACGGGCAGACGGAGUUGCAGAGCCGCAAUCACGACGCAAGCGAGAGGGAGGAUCGUGAGAGCAACUUCGCGUUAGUCAACAAGUUCAAAGUGAACGUGAUGGCGAAUGCCGCGUGCGUUGAUCUUCUCGUCUGGGCGAUUGGCGACGAAACAGUUGACGAAGAGUAUAGCAUUGCAGCUCUUUCGCACGCGUUAACAAUUAUCUUAGGGGCUGACAGUCUUUGCGGACGGCUGACGGAGAAGAUCAAUUCGAAUCAUGGACACAAGCUGGUGAUGGCGCACAUGCCGCUGCUGAUGGUGUGUUUGGAAGGACUCGGAAAGUUGGCGCAGAAAUUCCCAAACAUCGCCUCAACUUCAAUUUACUGUUUACGUGAUUUCCUUAUAACUCCAUCGCCGAUUUUGAAUAAGCUGCAUCGACAAGCGGCGGACAACGAUGCCAAAGGGAACAAAGAUAAUUUGAAGAUUUGCAUUCAAGGGAACGUGCUGAAGACGGAGGAGGUGAAGACGCUUACGCCGGCUCAGGCUGGUUUCGAGAAGCUCCGUGAUGCGGCCAUCGAGAAUUUGUGCUACGCCUUGGAGUCGGCGCACACUUUGGACCCGGACGUCGUGAGGGCUUUGGUAGCGGCGGUUUCGAACAGGCUGUUCACAGCGGAGAAGAGUAGCAGCGAAUGCGGUUUGAUCUCGACGAACAUCGUGAUUAUGUUGGGACACGUCGCCGUUUCUAUGAAAGGUGUACCGAAGACUACCGACACUAUUCUGCAAUUCUUUCAGCAGCGCUUUUGUCGCGUAGCAGAUUCAUCGCUGAACACGUUGAUUGUCGAUCAGUUGGGUUGCAUGAUUAUAGCGCAGUGCGAGCCGCACGUUUACGAAACCGUCAUGAAGAUGUUCACGAUGAUCACGGUGGAGAGCAGCAACACGACGUACUGUAAUCUAACUGAUGAUAAGACUCAGUACAUAAACGUUUCGAGGGCUGUGAUCAACGCUCUGGCUAACAUCGCGGCAAACAUCCAAGCCGAAUCAUUGAACGGACUACUGGUGACUCUUCUGGAACUCUUCGUGCAGCUGGGACUCGAAGGUAAAAGAGCCAGCGAGAAAUCGCCGGGCGCUACGAAAGCUUCAAGCUCUGCAGGUAAUCUAGGUGUUUUAAUACCAGUAAUUGCCGUGCUGCUGCGGCGUUUACCUCCUAUAAGAAAUCCGAAACCGCGUUUGCAUAAACUCUUCAGGGACUUUUGGUUGUACUGCGUGAUCAUGGGAUUCACCGCUUCCGAUUCGGGAUUGUGGCCGAAAGAGUGGUACGAAAGUGUGCGGGAGAUUGCGGUGAAAACGCCCGCUUUAGUCUCGCACACAUCAAGCAGAUCGGAGAUGCGCGAGCUGCAGUACACGAGCGCCGUCCGUAACGACAGCGUCUCGAUAACCGAAGUGCACGAGUUGCGAUUGCAGAUUUUGGAAUUGCUCAAGGGAUCGACGGAUGUCACCACGUACGUGAACAAAUUCUCGUUCGCAGAGUGCUCCUUUCUCUUGAGCGUGUACUGGGUGGAGACGCUGCGCAUCUCGAACUCGGUGGAGCCGAACCUGCAGAUCAUCAUCGUCGAGUACUUGAGCGAUUCGGCGCUGCAGAAGGAUAAGGCUGGCAUGUGGAACUGCGUGUUCAGCGUCUGCGAAAAGGUCUUCGACAAGUUCUUGGAAGUGAUGCGCAAUAAGCCAAAGGAUAGGGCGAGAGAAACCGAUUUGGAGGAGCACGCGCAAUUCUUGCUGGUGAAUUUCAACAAUCCGCAAAAACAGAUCAGACGCGUCGCCGAUAAAUUCUUGUCCAUGCUCAUCGACACGUUUCCCCAUUUAUUAUGGAACAAAAGGGUUUUAUGGACUAUGCUGGAUAUUCUUCAGGUGCUUGCGUUUUCUCUACAUUUAGACCCGAACCAGGAGAAUCCGAUGUUGCGCAUCAAGAACACGCACUAUUCCAUACAAUUGAUGGACACUCUGGAUGCUCGAGAGAGCAUUGUGAAAGAUUUCGCCGCGAACGCUGAACGUAUUCUGAAGGAGGCGAUGAAGUGGGAGCCGCAUUGGACUAGAUCGCAUCUGCAGGAAUACAUCAAUUUAACGCAAUCUUCGGGGAAGAAUCAUGCAGGACUUUCUCUGGCCAUGGAGUGCGUACAUCAGUACGGACCAAACAACUUCAACAGCGUGACUUUGACGGGCGGGAUGCUAGAUAAGAGACCCAAGUGCGUUAAGAACGACACCUCCAAGUUCAUCACUUUGUUGACGUUGAGGUCAAAAUACAGCGGAGAGUUGACUGGAUUGCUGGCUUUCUGCGGAGAAGAGAAACGCGAAGAGUUGACGGAACAACUGCUGGAAAACGUGUGGAGCGCUUGCAAGAGUAGAUCGGACGCGGCGCAUCGGGAGGCGCUUUGGCGCGCGACCGCUAUGCUCAUUUCGACUCCGAAGCUUAACAGGAAGAUAUUGCAUUGCAUAGCCAGUUCGCAGGUGGAGCUCUUCACCGUCGAGGCGAUGAUCACGGCGGUCGCGUGUUGGCAAUGGUUGAUUACGGCUCGUCAAGACGUCGAACUGCGUUUUCUGCAGGAGAUGCUCUCCGCCUGGUCGUACACCGUGCAGAAACGGAUGGGGUUGUUCUCUCUGACGAAGGAGGAAAUUAGCCCUUUGGCUUAUUAUGAAGGCGCCAAAUUGGAACCGGAUCCUCCUUUCGUUAAACCGCACGCCAUUUGGGUGCAGUUCAUCUGCGAGAUGGUGGAAACGGCGAAAUAUAGCAGCUACGAGAAGGUGGAAUUGCUGGCUUCGCUCAUCCAUCGCUCUCUGGCGAUGAGCGUCGGCGCAGCUGUUCCCUGCCAAACAAGGGACGUUUCCUCCGUUGGAGUACGUUUCAAAUUGCUGCAAUGCGGAUUAUCGCUACUGCAGGGCGACAUCUUGCAAAAAUCUCUUGCUAAAAACGUUCUGCGCGAGAGGAUCUACUGCAGCUGCUUAGACUAUUUCUGCCGCCCGGUGCGUUGCCCCACGCAAGAUCUUUCUCUGUUGCGCGAAGACAUCAGCACUUUGGUGCGUUUCUGGCAGACAAUGCACUCGGACAAGAAGUACUUGAAAGCUUCCGAUGUUGGCGAUUUAGAUCUAGGCACCUCGUCGACGCUGUCCGCCAUCCAGAACGUGGAGUUAGCAAAGAGUAGCGAGAUGAGCAAACCGGCUGCUGGAUGGAUCAACACGGUGCCGCUUUCUACCAGCACGGCCACCCUCAGCAAACGCUCGAGCAAGUCGAAGCGCGCCCCUAUGGCCGACAACUUCGUCAAGUGUUACAUCAAGAAACGUAAUUUGAUUCUUGAGUUGUUGGCUGUCGAGAUUGAGUUUUUGAUCGUCUGGCAUAAUCCCAGUUCAAGGGCCGAGUAUUCUUUACCCGGUGAGAGUAACGUUGCUGCAUGGAGGGACAAAGCCAUCACCGAUAAGCAGUGGCGCGAUUACACUCGAUUGGCAUGGGAUAUUUCUCCGGUGUUGGCCGUCUACUUGCCGGAGAGGCUCAAGUGCAACGAUGCCAUCAUCAGCGAGAUCAGGCACCAGGUCCAUCAGAAUCCGGACGCGGUGCGACACGUCCCAGAGGCAUUGCAAUACUUGGCAACUACUGAUACCAUCCUCAGCGAUAGCCCCAAACUGGUGCACAUGCUCACGUGGGCCAGAGUCACUCCCAUACAGGCUUUGUCGUUCUUCAGUCGUCAAUUCCCGCCGCAUCCCAUUUCCGCGCAAUACGCAGUGCAUGCGUUGACCUCUUACCCAGCGGACGCCGUCCUCUUCUACAUUCCCCAGCUCGUUCAAGCAGUCCGACACGACACAAUGGGUUACGUGACCGAGUACAUUAAAUACGUGGCGCAAAAAUCGCAGAUCGUCGCCCAUCAACUCAUUUGGAACAUGAAAACCAAUUUGUACAUGGACGAGGAUAUGCAGAUCAAAGAUUCACUCUUCGAUGUUCUGGAAUCUCUAAUUGGUAGUAUAAUCGCUGCGCUUUCCGGGCCGGCGAAGCAGUUUUACGAGCGCGAGUUCGAUUUCUUCGAUAAAAUUACGAACAUCAGCGGUGAAAUCCGACCGUAUCCGAAAGGGGUUGAAAGGAAGAGGGCAUGUCUGGAGGCGCUCAGUAAGAUCAAGGUGCAGCCGGGAUGCUAUUUGCCCAGUAAUCCGGAGGCGAUGGUCGUCGACAUCGAUUUCAAGAGCGGAACUCCAAUGCAGAGUGCGGCCAAAGCGCCUUACCUCGCCAGAUUUAAAGUGUCCAGGUGCGGCAUAAACGAACUAGAGACAUCAGCGAUGGCCUACUCGACCAAUCCGGAUGAGAAAUUAUCGUUGGGACCGGAGAUGUGGCAGGCUGCGAUCUUCAAAGUUGGAGAUGACGUGCGACAAGAUAUGUUGGCGCUUCAGGUCAUCGGUAUCUUCAAGAACGUUUUCCAAACUGUCGGUUUAGAUUUGUACUUGUUCCCCUACAGAGUCGUAGCUACAGCUCCUGGCUGCGGAGUCAUUGAAUGCGUGCCAAAUGCCAAGUCGCGCGAUCAGCUGGGCAGGCAGACGGAUAUCGGGAUGUACGAGUACUUCCUGAAGAAGUACGGAGACGAGGGAUCGCAGGAUUUCCAGAGGGCGCGUCGGAAUUUCGUCAUCUCGAUGGCAGCGUACAGCGUUGUCGGAUUCCUGCUGCAGAUCAAGGAUCGGCACAACGGUAACAUCAUGCUGGACACCGAAGGUCAUAUUGUACACAUAGAUUUCGGGUUCAUGUUCGAGUCGUCGCCGGGCGGCAACCUCGGCUUCGAGCCGGACAUCAAAUUGACCGACGAGAUGGUCAUGAUAAUGGGCGGAAAGAUCGAGGCGCCCGCCUUCCGUUGGUUCUGCGAACUGUGCGUUCAAGCAUAUCUGGCGGUUCGUCCCCAUCGGGAGGCUAUCGUCUCAUUGGUCUCCUUGAUGCUCGAUACCGGCCUACCAUGUUUCCGCGGGCAGACCAUCAAACAGUUGAGGGCGCGUUUUCAGGCCAACGUUUCGGAGAAGGAGGCCGCCAUCUACAUGCUCUCCAUCAUUCGCAACAGUUUCCUCAACUUCCGGACGCGCACCUACGACAUGAUUCAGUAUUACCAAAACCAGAUUCCAUACUAAGAAGAAGAAGAAGAAGCAUUUGUUUGUCUGUCGGUUUAGAUCGCUUCCAAUUUUAAACUCUUAAUUAAUUACUAACAUAUUUAUUCGAUAUAUACAUACAUAGAUAGAUAUAUAUGUAUAUUGUAUAGUAUAUUUGAUUGUUACUUCUUUGAUGGAUGGAUAUCAAUUUUGUCUGUAGUUGGUGUACGAACCAAAUCAAAAAAAAAAACGAAAG